AUGUCGGGUUCAUCAUCUUUCACUUCAAUCCCUAUUCUGGAUUUCUCUCAAGCGCUAUCCCCAUCUAAACCCGCCUUCCUAGCAAGCCUUCGCGACGCCCUAGUGAAUGUUGGCUUUUUCUAUCUUCGAAAUGCUCCGAUUUCGGACCAAACCCAAGAUCGGUUUAUAGAAAAGGCCCUAGGUCUUUUUGAACUACCACUAGAGAAAAAGCUUGAAAUCGAAAUGGUCAAUAGUCCGCACUUUUUGGGCUACUCAAGGCUUGGUGCAGAAAUUACGGCUUUGAAACCUGAUUAUCGUGAACAAUUCGAUGUAAGCUUGGGCUGUAUUGUUUCUUCGGAUAUCUAUGAACACUUUUGUCAGUUCGCAACCGAACUCCCUGCACCUGGUCCAGACGAGCCUUUAUACAGGAAUGUCGUUGGUCCUAACCAGUGGCCGGAUGAAACGGCAAUCCCCGGAUUUCGGGAAUCUCUCGACACAUAUCUGUCUGAAGUGAGCAACCUAGCGGAGUUGUUCCCAGGAUUGAUUGCAGAGGCCUUAGACCUUCCAUCAACUGCAUUCGAUCAGGUCUUUGAUACUCCCCAGCAACACAAACUGAAGUUGAUCAAAUACCCUCCCCCACCUGCAACUAGCAAUGAGGAUUCCGGAUUUCAAGGUGUUGGUCCUCACAAAGAUUCCGGAUUCCUCACAUUCCUUUUGCAGGGUACACCUCACCAUGGCCUCGAGGUCCAAAAUAAGGCUGGGACAUGGAUCCCCGCGCCGCCACUCCCGGGAACGUUGGUUAUUAACAUUGGCCGCUCCCUGGAGGCGCUGACUGGGGGUAUCUGCACGGCAACGACUCAUCGGGUAAGCUUACGGCAGGAGAACUUCCAAGACAAUGGGAGUAAUCUAGGGUCUAGGUUUUCCUUCCCGGUUUUCCAGGGAGUGAGUCUCGAUCUUUCUGCCGAGAAGAUCUCUUUGGAUAUUCCAGCUCAUAUCCGUGCCUUGGUGGAAAAUGACAAGGUCAAAUCAGAUGCAGAGGCAACUUUUAACGAAAUAUUCCGUGGGUGCAUUGGCGAGGGAACCUUCAUUGCUCGGGUGACCAGUCACCAAGAUGUUGGGCAGCGAUGGUAUCCGGAAGUCUUGAUGAAAGCAUUGAAGGGUCAGAAGGAUUUCCUUAGCUGA